AUGGCGUACCCUUUCCAAACAGGCCUCCAAGACGCAGCCUCUCCUAUCAUAGAAGAGCUCCUACACUUUCAUGACCAUACAUUAAUAAUCGUAUUCUUAAUUAGCUCCCUUGUUCUCUACAUUAUUUCAGUAAUACUAACCACUAAACUCACACAUACUAGUACUAUAGACGCUCAAGCAGUAGAAACAAUUUGAACCAUCUUACCAGCUAUUAUUCUAAUCAUAAUUGCUUUACCCUCACUACGGAUCCUUUAUAUAAUAGAUGAAAUUAAUAACCCUUCCUUGACUGUAAAAACCAUAGGCCACCAAUGAUAUUGAAGCUAUGAAUACACAGACUACGAAGACCUAAAUUUUGACUCUUAUAUAAUCCCAACUCAAGAAUUAAAACCUGGGGAAUUACGAUUAUUAGAAGUAGAUAAUCGAGUAGUCCUCCCAAUAGAAAUAACAAUUCGUAUACUAAUCUCUUCCGAAGACGUAUUACACUCAUGAGCUGUCCCAUCCCUAGGACUAAAAACUGACGCCAUUCCAGGGCGCCUAAACCAAACUACUAUUAUAGCCAUGCGACCAGGACUAUAUUACGGCCAAUGCUCUGAAAUCUGCGGCUCUAAUCACAGCUUUAUACCAAUUGUUCUUGAGUUAGUGCCUCUGUCGCACUUCGAAAAAUGAUCUGCCUCAAUAUUAUAA